AUGAACCACAAAUCCAUGAGGAACUACCAGCCUACGAAGAGGCGACUGAUCCAAUUCGUUGGCUCUCCGCUCGAUGAUGUUGUCACCAAGAAUGGCCCAAACGGACAGAAAUGGCGAGAUACGAUAGAAGCAGUCUGCAAUUCAAUAAAGGAAGCUGAUUCAAAGAUCAUCUUUGCAAACAUCCGGGGUGCCAACUCCCAUUUGUCCUCGACGGACAAGGGUGACACGCAAGAUGUUAUAUCAGUGUCUCUGCAUACGAAGUCUGGUACUUCUGUGGGCGCGAUUCAUAUACAUCUUGAUGGCACCUGGAAGUUAUUUGGAACCUGUCGUGAAUCAAAGGCUCGACACGCUGCUAAAAUCAAAAGUGCCAAUAUCCCAGGGUAUAUCUCGACUAGAAGCACUCCCUAG